UCGUUUUGGUCCUAGCUGUUGUGAGAUGUUUUGACGUAGAAAAUUGUUUCUUUUAUUUCAGGAGGAACAGGGACAAUGUCUUCUUUCUCAUUCGACUACUGUUUUUUGGCUGAGAUCACUGCUUCAAAUCUAAAAGCAGACAAACUUUAUCUUCCUAAGGGAGCUACGAGUUCUACUGCUUUGAACAAACAAUGCCAAGAGAUGAUACUAGUGAACAAAGAGGGAAAUUCAUGGACUGUGAGUUUGCGAUUUAGCGAAUCAGGCGGCAUGUAUUACAUCACAAGAGGCUGGGAAAAGUUAUGUCGUGAUAACAGAUGCGACAUAGGAGAUUUAUUUGUGUUCAAUCUGGUUGGAGAUGGGAAAACUACUCCAUUGUUGUGUGUAUGUCCGGAAAGUAAAGAGUGUUCCGAACUACUGAGCAAACACUUGAGUAGAAAGCGUGGUGAGUCUUCUCCAUUGACUUGCUUGAGACGACUUUAACUUGCUUGUUCUUUAUUUGCUUCGGGUUUAACUUGCUUGUUUUGUUUUGUUCUGCAGGUGACAUUGCUUCUGGCUCACGGGUGAAUUAGGAGAAUGGUCAAGUAGUCUUGCGUCUCUUUAGCUUGCGUCUUUUUAGCUAUGUAUCUCGGACUUGUUUAGAGCUUCUAUCCUCUUGUUUCCUUGCUACAAUGUACUUGUAUGAUCAGUUCAGUUUAGACUCAAGUUCUUGUGUUUUUCGAGUAUCAACUUACUUAUAAGUUUAAAUCUUUUUCCUCUACUCUUGUAAGUUUAAAUCUGUUUAGCUAACUACAAUCUUGCUUCACUUCAUUCUCUUGUCUUUUAUGUUAUACAAGUAAGAAGAUAACUUGUACAAGUAAGAACAUAACAAAAU